CUUGCAUUAUGAACUCAGCUCACAUAAGCAUCCAUUUUGAGCAUCCUCCUGAGUAUUUAGCUUCGUGAACGACGAGCUCUUCCAUCCGUGAGCCUUUAGAGAAAGCUGAUAGGCUCAAUCGCAACAGUUCUAAAUUUGUUUUUUUCCAGCGACUUGGUAAGCACCGGGGGAAAUACUAUAUUUGGUAUAAAACCUCACAAUCAACAGUUCCUACUGCAACACCACAGGGAUUGAACUAAGCAUAAAAAACAGAGUCUAUGGCUGUCCCGGGGAACUCACUAUGGAGGCUGCUUCUCUGUGCGUAUUUUGCGCUCACGGUCGGAGCGGACUGCGAGAAGGACUGUGCGCUCUGCCUCAACCGCAUACUGGGACAACAGACGGCAAUUAACACUCUGACAUGCUCAAUAGAAUGUGAGGGCAGCCUGGACACCACGAAGCUCCGCCUCUGCCGAGACGUCCUAUUGGAGGAGGAGCCUGUCGCUGUUGACGAAAUCAAACAGGAUGGGGUGGAGGGCGAGCAGCACCAGCUGGCCAAGAAGUAUGGCGGCUUCAUGAAGCGCUACGGGGGGUUCAUGAUCAGGAGGAGCCCACCCGUACAGGAUGGAGGAGUGCAGGGAGGACAGAACAGCCCAGUGGCUGAGGAAGAGGACAUCCGUCUGGAGAUCCUGAAGAUCCUGAAUUCAGAGGCCGAGGCGCAGAGAGACGGAGAGUUGGCCAAGCGCUACGGGGGGUUCAUGAGGAGAGGGGGGGACUUCGGUGCUCUGGAGGUGGCGGGCAGGCCAUUGAAGAAGCGUUAUGGGGGCUUCAUGAGGAGGGUAGGGAGGCCUGAGUGGCUGGAGGAUCAGAAGAACAAGGGGGGGCUCCUGAAACGCUCCUGGGAGGGGCAGGGGGUUGACUCCCCCCUGGCUGAGAUACAGAAGAAAUAUGGCGGAUUCAUGGACUAGGGGCUGCCCCUUCUCCAACUCCUCCUGAUGAGUCUGGACUCUCAAUAUUGAUCAGAUGAUCCAUUCUUAUUCUGUUGUUGUGCUUGUACUGUGCUGCUUUUUGUUUGUUUGGGUUUACUGUGACAAAAAAAACACUUAGCCUAUCAGGUGAUGAGAACUACAUUUAUGACAACCAGUACUGUAUGUUUUAUGGGUUUGGUUAUUUAUAAAUUAACCCGUGUUCAUUGUGGUGUGCGCGGGCUGGGGCAUGUGUGAAAAACCAAUCAUGGCAUGACCUGUUUGCUCUCUCUCUUUGACUUGCCACUGUUUUUAAAUCGAUAGUUAACUUUUUUGAAGUGUUAGUUGAUUUUAGACUUACCUGGGGUAUUGUUGUGUCAUCCAAACCAUUUUUAAUGGUUGGUUAUUUAGUAUUGCCCAGAAUCUCUUGGCAAGGCAAGAUGAAAAUAUGUCGGUGGCUAGACCUACUUUCCACCGUGCUCACACUUGUCUCAGUAUGCUGAUGUUGAAACAUGUUGCUUUCAGUUGAAAAUGUCCUCGUUUUGUGUUCUUUCUAUAGAGAACAGAACAGCAUUUGAGACCAAUUAGUUGUACAAAACCUAAUAAACCCAUGAAUCCUGCAGAAAUAA